UUUUUUUUUUUAUUUUCGCGUUUACAAUAUAGCAUGGGGGUUAAAAAUUUAACAAAAUUAUUACAACGUUAUGCACCAAAUUCAAUUAAACAAAAAAUAAUACAAGAUUAUCGAAAUAAAACAUUGGUAUUAGAUGGAAGUAUAUUUUUACGUAAAUUCGUAUACAGUUUUAGCUACGAAAAUGAAGAAAUAUUACAUCCUCAUAUUUAUGGAUUUUAUAGGCUACUUUUAUUUUUAAAGCAAAAUAGUAUCAACCCUAUAUUUAUUUUUGAUGGCAAAGAAAGAAUAAGUGAAAAAAGAAAAGAAAUUGCUAAACGUAGAACAAUGGCAGAAAAAUUAUUGCGGAAUUUGGAUUUUGAAAAAACAAGAAAAGAUAGAGUUGGAAAAUGGAAAUUAGUUGUCAAAGAAUUGGAUAAUAUAGGGGAAACUAAACAUCAAUAUGUUACUUCUGGAAUUAAACAGGUUAUUGGAAAUGUACUUUCACAACCUUCACCAGCUUCAACUGCUGAGAUUGAUAUUACAUCUGUUCCUGAAGUAACAGCGACACUACCAUAUCCAAUUAAGGCAGAUGUUCAUUCAACUAAGACGGACAUUCAUUCAAUAAAGACAGACAUGCAUUCAAUUAAAACAGACAUGCCUUCAAUUGUAAGAACAAGACAAGACACUAUGUUAUGGUCAUUGCAAAAAAUGAUUGUACUUGUAAUGCAUGUAAUGAAAGCUUUGGCAUUAGAGUACAAUAAACCAAUUCAAAUACCAACCAACCAAAUAAUACCAACCAACCAAAUUGUUACUCCAAAAAUAACAGAUGAUUUAAUAAUAAAGGAAGAUAUUAAAUCAAAAUCCAAAGAUUUUAAAGCUGUUGUUAAAGAGAAAGUUAAAAAGAUAAAAAAUGUUACCAAAGAAAAGGUUAAAGUAACAACACCUAUAGUUAAUGAACCUGUUAUGAAGACAAUAACAGAUCUAAAAGAUGAAAAAAAAUUCAAAGAGAUAUAUCCAGAUUUUGAACCUUCAGCAAGUGAUGUUAAAUUAAAAGAAGACAUGGAACAAAUCAUAAAAAUGACAAUUCAAGAUACAAAAAAAUUAGCAACGGAUAAAAAUUUUACAAAAGCUCAACGUGAGGUAGGGCUUAUGGAAAAUUUACUUGUAGAUUCUAUUCUAUCAGGAAAUAAAAAUUCAGAAACAUUUGAAGCACUAGAAGCAAAAAAUCAUAAUCUAGCAGCUGCAUACGAGAAACGUGUGAUUCCUAUUACAUGGAAGAUGUAUCUAGAAUCUAUUAAUUUUAUUAGAACUGGGGGAAUUCCUUGUAUAGUGUUAGAUGGACAUGAAGCAGAGGCCAUGUGUGCAUCAUUAGUUACCCAUGGAUUUGCAGAUGCUACGGUAUCAGAAGAUAUGGAUACAACGAUAUUUGGAGAUGGAAUUUUAUUAAGGCAGUUUUUUAAAAAGAAUAAACCAAUUGUAGAAAUUUCACCCGUUGAAGUAAAAAAAUCAUUAGAAUUAUCCCAUGAUCAAUAUAUAGAUUUAUGUAUAUUAUGUGGAACUGACUUUGCCGGAACUAUACGUAAUGUUGGUCCUGUAACGGCUUUAAAAUUAAUUAAACAAUACGGUUCUAUUGAAAAUAUUUUACCGGAUCUUAAAGAUAGGUAUUUAGCGGCCCCUGAUUAUAUUGUCGAAGUCGAAGCUGCAAGAAAAUUAUAUAAAAAUCCUCCUAAAAUAACACAAGAUAUACGCGAUCAAUUAGAAUUUAAUACCGAGAAUACUGAUGAAUUUAAUCAUUUAUUAGAAAAGUUUGAUAUUGAUUCCACGAUUAAUGAGCCGUUAGAUUAUAACGUUAUUGUUUAUGAUGUAAAUUCGGCCGAGGAUAUUGAUAGUAAAUAUUUAGGACCCGAUCCGUUUUCCGCUAAUACUACCGUACCUAAUACUGCCGAACUUUAAUACCGCAGUAAUUGUAAAAAAAAAGAUAAUAAAAAACUAACUUUGUAACAUAACUUAUGUCACAUGAUUAAAAUCUAGGUACAGUAAUUAUAAACUCGAAAAGAUGUUUUUUUGUAUAGAGAUAUCACCUAAGGAAAUUAUAAUGCCUGAUUAUUUACAUUUAAAAGAUUUAUUUUGAUAACAUUACAUUUGUUCCGCAUACAACUACAACAAAUAAUAAACAAAUAAUAAUCCGGAAAGAAUUAUUCAUUUUCACUAUCUUGAUCAGAUAUUUUUACGAGUAAAUUACGAAAUUAUAGAUGGAAAGAAUGAGCAAUUUUUACCCAUUAAUUUGUCACCAUUUACCAUUACUAAAAGAGCCUUCCUUAAUAGGAUAAAACCAGUCUUACAACGCCAAUAGGUUGAUUGACAUUUGUUAAACAAAGGAUAAGAAAACUUUAUUUUCCAAAAGAAUCUAUUUAUGAAACAACAGGAGCAUAUAUAUAUUUCACAG